AUGGGACUCGCGUUGGGGACGGUGCUCUUCUUGGCGCUCGAGGCGGCGUUCGCGCUGUUCGUGAACGCUCGGUGGAGGGCGCACGACCGAGGGCUGAAACACGUGUUAUUCGCCGCGUCCGUGUUUUGCUGCUGGCUCAUGUGGGCGAUCGUGUACGCGUCGCAGAUGCAUCCGCUGAUACGACCGGUGAUAUCGCGCGAGGGCUGA